AUGCCCCAGGCAACAUUGCACGACCUACCCAAGAAGGAUCUUCGUCUGGAAAAGCGACAAAAUUCACGUAUACACAAGUUUCUUCCAAAACAUACUUGUUUAACCAUCACGUACUUCAAACAGCUGAGGAAUCCAAUGGGUAUUCAAGCUAUUCCAUUCAAAGACCUAGUGGUCAAGUCGCAGGACACAACGCCUGUACACUUCUGUACGAUAGGACUGGAAAUGGGCACUGGGAAACUAUCAUUCCUGGCCCGGCAUGGCCAAGUGAUUUCUGUUUUGCUGGUGGGAUUAAUUGGCUUCCCUCCUCAGGUGUUACCAUAUCCUCAAAACGUAGAACCCUGGCACCCAUAUACGAAUACUGCCCAUUAUCACUCCGAUUAUACAUACCCAAAGACGUCUCCAUCAAAGAACACGUUUCUCCCUAAGCCACAGUACUGUCCAGAAACAGGGCGAACAGUUUGUCAAAAUAUUUCUUAUUACCCAGGUGACUACAUAUUUCACGUGGUGGCAGGCACGAAAGCAAAGCGUUUCAAUUUCACUUCAGUCUUCUUUGAUGAACGAAACGGGGACGCUGAACCGAAUACAAGUCUUCUUCCUGAUGAACCACCGGACCCUGAGGAACACGAACUUAAUGAGCAAAUGAGCCAUGACAACGCAAAGCCAACCCAUCCCCCUUGGAACUACUAUGGUCAUAACCAAGGGUAUGGUGACGGUUAUGCACCCUCACGUUCUCAUCCAUAUUACCGUCACAGGGGUCGUAGGCAAAGAGACGAAGAGCCACUGUGUGCAGUUAGAACAAUGUUCAUUCUUCCAGAAGCUGGCCUAACAGAUCGUUCACAGUGGAAGUUCGUAGUUAACGUACCCGACAGAGAUCCUCGAUUUAAACAAGUCAUCAGAGUCGAUGUCUGCAGUUCUCCAGAAGAAGCCUGUGCGAGUAAAAUUUCACUUCCACCGGGGUAUGAAAGUAAAUGUAAACAGAAAUACAGCAAGAAGUCACUCGUAACUUUGGACGGCGAUGGUCAAGGAACCAGUCAGGAUCAGGUCUUUGUUCCUACUUGCUGUGUAUGUCAGUUAAUAUUGACCACGCAGAACUAAGAACCUUACCAUUCAUAUUUUCAGCAGUUUCUCAAGCUUUUAUUUUUUCUAGCUCAUCGUUUUACAAGCCUGACGUUACCCUUGAUAAAAGUUACGAAAUCUUUGGGUUUACUGGUCGUUUUAGAUAAGAACUAGUCACUACGCUCUAGUAUUCCCUUUCUACGUCAGGACUAACUAACAGAAUAAAAAAUGUUGAACGCUCUCUAGGUAACUGCGUCAGCCGAUCAGCCAUUGUUAAGCUUUACGUUUUCUAAUAACAGACCUUAGACAGCAACCUGUAAUCUUCGAAUUUACUCAGAAAAUUAAGGAAAAACAAACUGAUUAUAUGUAACUGUUUCGAAGAUCAUACGGUUUGACCUUAGAAAUCAGGCAUUGUCUAGAACUUUUUAAAAGCAUUUUAAAGGUGAAUUUAAGUGAUUUGUAUUGCAUCAGUUUCUUUAGUUGCUCAGA